GAAACGUAUCGCUGUUCAUAAUACAUCGAAAUUCAUACAUAUUCCUUGCAUAGUAGAGCAAAGAGAGUCAAGUGGCUCCUAUAUUGCACGGUCUGCUCGAAUAGAUCGUUUCAAUUUACGAGAAUAUCACGAAGCUUCUCUUAUUCAACACGUCAGGGCACAAUUGGGAUCUUGGAUAGGGUUAGAGACAGCAAACAAUGUCAUCGAGCGUUUAAUCGAAGGGUGUGCAGAACAGGAGAAGUGUUUUCUCUUCGAUAUUUACCUCGAGCGGAACAAUUCGUCGGAGCGAACUGUACAUACGUCUUACGAGGAAGAUGGAAUUGCGUGUUAGUACGUUGGGAUUGGCCGUGGCGCCACCCGCCAACCCACUCCGCGAAGACUUUCAGUCGAGCUCGAACCUUCGUCGGGUGUGGAGUGUGUGUUGUAUCGUUGUGUGUCAGUGUUCAGAUUAUUCACUGAAAAUUAAGUUCUCGUAGCAUGUCUUGACGAGUAGGAGAGGCUCUUCAACGGGGUUUUCGGCAGACAAGGGUUCUCCAAAAUGGCGGGCGGUCAGCAGCUUCCCGAACAGUACACGGUUCCGCAGCUCGCUAGGGUCUUCCACAGCCUGCCGCACCUCAACGUCUCUCUCCACUCGGUCAAUAACACCUUUAAUCCACAUUCCGAAAUCUAUCUCGAGAGUCUCGGGAUACUUGGAAGUAUCCCUGCAGCCUGGUUAAUCCUGACGUUGCUGGUGCUCCUGGUUUACCUGGUAACGAGAUGCUGCGACCGGAAGCCGCGCCCCAGGAGGUCGAUAACCCUGCUGAAGUGUUCGCUGGCCAUCCUGGCGUUACUUUGCAGCGGAGCUGUUGCCGUCGGCCUCUACGGUAACGACGACGUGCACAACGGUUUGGUGCAAUUGGUGGCCGCCGCAAAGAACGUCGAUGGUAUUCUCAUGGGUGUACGGAAUCAGACCGACACCAUCGAGACGACAUUGAAGAAGAAGGUGCAGCUACAGUUGACUGCCUUGGGGGACGAUUUCGAUGCCCCCGUCAGCAAUAAAACCAUGCUCGGUCUGCUGUUGGCCGCUCUGCAGAGCAUGAAGCAAAACACGAACAUUGCCGUGAACCGCAGCUUCGAAAUUCGAAAACCGUUGAGCGGAAUCAGCUUGGCUGGCGCGAUCGGGAUGGGAGAGAAGAUAGAGCAAUUAAGGUGGCCCGUCACCAUGGCCGUUCUCAGCGCGCUACUCGUCCUCUGUGUGGUGCUGGUCGUCGGAGUUGCGCGACAUUCCAGAUGCGUUCUCAUAACAUUUUCCGUGUUUGGAUUAUUUGCGGUGAUAGUCUCGUGGUUGAUGGCUUCGCUGUAUCUCGCAACUUCAGUGGCCUUAGGUGAUCUCUGCGUGUCCCCAGACGGUUACCUAACCAGAGCGGUACCGGCCACUCUAGCCUCCGAGGUUCUUUCGUAUUACACGCAUUGUGAGAACACGCGCAAUAAUCCAUUCAGCCAGAGAUUAAACGACGGUCAAAUCGCGGCAAACAACAUGAGAGACAACAUGAGUACUGUGACCAGGUUGGCACUGGAACUAUUCAAGGAACAACAAUUGCAGCCGAAAUUGACCAGCCUUUCGAUCGACGUGAACACCGUAAACAAGCUCAUGUCGGGAUUAACGACGUUACUUGAUUGCAAGCCUCUUCACAAACAAUACGUACAUGCCGCGAAGAGCUUAUGUCAUUUAGGAUUAUACGGACUAACUUUCAUGCUGUUGGCGAGCUUAGCCGCGGGACUGUUCUUCACCGUGCUAGUUUGGGUAGACUCUCACACUUGGAUCUAUAUUCGAAAGCGAAGAGAUUACCAUCAAGUCGAUGAGCAGGACCCGUAUCUACCGCCAUCGGCAGCUUCGCAGGCGAUAGCAGCGCGGACCCUUCGAGGCCAAGGGUCGUACCCGCCUACAGCCCCUUCUGUAUUUUAUCCGAAUGCUCAUGGCACUCAAAAUACCAUUAAGCAGCCUCUCUUGCUAACGCCGCCCCCGCCGUCCUACGCUACUGCGACUGCUCGAGCACGUCAGCUGCACGAGAGCAUGCUAAAGUUUGUGCAUGAGAUUUUAUUCGGUUUCAUUUAUUAGCUGUCGUCUACCUUUAUCGUACACGAACCUUCCGGUUGCUCAAGUAAACGUCGGUUUAGGGGGAGAACGCUCAACGAAGAUAGUUAUUAGCGUGGAAGUUAUCAAGCCAUAAUUUCGAGUUAAUGGGAAGACCGUAAGUGGGCUAGUAAGAACGUGAAUUUAAGUAGUACCAGAUUAUUAAACUUCAGCUUCAUAAACGGGCUAAUUAUGGAGCUGCAUUUAAUACGAUAAAGGUUGAACGUUAAGUGAACUGCGACAGUUCGUCAAAUUAAUUUUACGAUGCGGUUUGAAGUGGGAUUUAGUUUUAUGACGAUUGUUCUUUCGGAUCAUGCGAUGGGUGUUAAAUUAAGUUUAGUACAAAAAGUUGGCACUUAAUCCCUUUUCAUAACUGUCAUCAAAUUGAAGACUUGAUGUGAGAACCAUGAAAUUUUAAACGGAUCAAUUGUGAAUUACAUAGUUAUUUCAUAUUAACGAACGUACAGAUGUUACAUCAAAUCUUUACUUGUUCGCUUUACAUAGACGAUGUGUUUUUUAUUGGAUUUUAUGAGAUGCAUUAAUUUUCUAUUUUUACCAGUGUGUUGAAUCAAUUCAGUUUACGGUUUACGAUGUGAUUUGUUUAUGUCGAUAGAUACUAUGUUAGGUCUGAAUGUUGCUUUAAUUGUUCACAACACUCUGGUGGCAAUAAUGCAAACAAUAUGGUACAGCUAUUGAUCUUUCAACCUUUACAAUGAAAUGAACGAAAUCACAUAAUCGCUUGAAGACGAAUUAAUCAUGGUUAUCGCCAAUUAUAUUUCAGGACAAUAACUGUACAAUCGUUUGGUUUCCUCUUUGGUGUUCUUACAGCAUUCUGUCAGUUCAAAUUUUUUUAAAUAUUCAUAUAGAUAUGUUUCUCAAUUUUCUCCAUUACUUUUUCUAAUCGAUGUUUAAAGCAAGGAAGAGAGUUCGUUUUUGCCUUUUUUUCUAUACAUGAAAACAUUAGCGAUAGUAUGCUUUUGCGCGUGUUUUCAUUUUUCAUAACGUUCAUGUUUAGAUUAUUUUACGAGAUGAACGAAUGAUACAGAGUUUUCUUGAUAGGAAUUAGACAUCAGAGAACCGUCCGAGAGAAAGAUAAUGCUGCAACUUUGUUCGUUUCGAUUUGCC